AUGGUGAUGUUGAAUAGUUUCUUGGCACAACUACCAGUUUUGGAAUUGCCAAUCUAUAAGAACUUCGCAAUAUUAAUCUUUGGCCCAACAUCUUGCCUAAAACGUUGGUUGUUUAAUGCUCUUCAAUAUUGUAGUGGUAGACUGGUGAAAAAAAAAAUUGUUGAUGUAAAGUUUUGUAUGGAGAGUCGUGCAACCAUGGAGAAGUUUCUGCCUGGCCAAAUUUUUUUUUUUUUCUCGUUCUAUUUCAACACCAACACAUUUGAUGGCAAAUAUCCUGUCCCUUUCAUUUCAUUUCCUUUCCUUUCUAUUGUUUACAACCAUAGCAAAACCAUGUCUGAACAACAAUUGUUAGAGGAAGCUAGGAAAGCUGUAACCAAUAAACAAUAUGAUGAAGCAGAGACCAAAUAUAAACAAAUAAUCAACCAAUCUGAAUCUCAGUCCUCUAAUACCACCCCAACAGCAAAACAAUUACAACAACAAGAAAGUGCUAUUUUAGAAUUGGGUAAAAUUUAUGAAACUUUAAAUGAACCUAGUAAAUUAUCUGAUUUAAUAUCUGAUUCUCGAUCUAUCUUGGGUAAUUUUGCUAAAUCGAAAACUGCCAAAAUUGUUAAAACAUUAAUUGAAGAUUUUGAUAAAUUGUCUGCAAAAGAUGAAAAGUCAUUAGAUAUUCAAAUUGAUGCUACUAAAUCAAGUAUGCAAUGGGCUAUUGAAUCAAAAUUAUCAUUUUUAAGACAAUCUUUACAAUUAAAAUUGAGUGAUUUAUUAUAUCAAAAGAAACAUCAUCAUGAAGCCAUUAAGAUCAUUAAUGAAUUAUUAAGAGAAUAUAAAAAAUUAGAUGAUAAAUCAUCAUUAGUUGAAGUUCAAUUAUUAGAACUGAAAAUUUAUCAUGCAUUAAGAAAUAUUCCUAAAGCUAAAGCAGCAUUAACUAGUGCUAGAACUUCAGCUAAUUCAAUUUAUUGUCCCACAAUUUUACAAGCAGAAUUAGAUUGUCAAAGUGGGAUAUUAAAUUCUGAAGAUAAAGAUUAUAAAACUGCUUUUUCAUAUUUUUAUGAAAGUUUUGAAGGGUUUAAUAGUCAAGAUGACCCAAGAUCAAUAAUUGUUUUAAAGUAUAUGUUAUUGACAAAAAUUAUGUUGAAUUUAAUUGAUGAUGUUAAUAAUAUUUUAAAUAAUAAAAAUGUUAUUAAAUAUAAAUCAAAAGAUAUUGAUGCUAUGAAAUCAAUUGCUAUGGCUUAUUCAAAUCGAUCCCUUAAAGAAUUUGAAAAUUCUUUAUUGACUUAUGCUAAAGAAUUAAAAUCUGAUCCAAUUAUAAAAAAUCAUUUUAAUGCAUUAUAUGAUAAUUUAUUGGAACAAAAUUUAUUGAAAAUUAUUGAAAGUUAUAGUUGUGUGGAAUUAUCUCAUAUUUCUAAAGUCAUUGGAUUAAAUUUACAACAAGUAGAAGGCAAAUUAUCUCAAAUGAUUUUAGAUAAAGUGUUUUAUGGUGUAUUAGAUCAAGGUAAUGGUUGGUUAAUUAUUUAUGAUGAACCAAGAAAAGAUGCUGCUUAUGAAGCUUCAUUAGAAUUGGUGAAAAAUUUAUCUAAUGUUGUUGAUUUAUUAUAUGAAAAAGCAUCUUCAUUAAACUAA